AUGCUGACCAAAUCUCUACUAACGAGUGUAGUAUUUUUUGCCGUUUCCGCAUUUGGAAAUGACUCCAAUUAUUUAUUUAACUCGGAAAAAUUCCCGAAGAAUGCCGCAAUUCCAACGCUCGCAAAUGGAAAUCUGGGCUUCGUAGUGCAUAGCGACAGCGUCUUUCUGAGCGGAGUUUACAACGGUAUGGCGAACCAGAGCCACCGGGCUCGAAUACCAAAUUACGCCAGACUGCAACUACCGGAAUGUUCCUAUGAAGAGGCAGAGGAAUCGCCGAAUUGUUCCUACCAGCUGGAUAUUAGAUUUGGUCGCUUCCGGACUAUAUAUAACGAUCCUAACGGGCAGAUGCGGUUGAUUCACGAAGUGUAUCCGCACCGUUUCUUCCAACAUGCGAUUAUCAAUCGUGUCCGCAUACAACGCCUUAAUGGUGAAGGUACGCUAAUGGCAAGGAUUGUACAAAAUCCUGGCGUUCCUUCUGAAGACAUAGUUUUCGAACCAACGCAGGCCCAGGACAUAAACGGUCAAACGGUUUGGUACAUGUGCGGUCAAACAAAUCAGGUUGAAGAUUUCUUUUUUCAAACCGCCGGUUCACGUGUUUGUGUUUUCUACAAAAACUCUCAAGUAACGUAUUUAGUUUUGGAUGGUGAUAGAACUUCACAGGACUACUAUUUCUAUACGGUAUUUGCUCGAAAUGAAACAGUUGGUGCGGAUGAGAUGAAAUUACUGAUGUCUGCAGAUAUUGAGCAAACACAUUUGGUACAAAUGAAUGCCUUGUGGGACCGGUACGACAUUGUCGUGGAAGGAAACGAUGAAUUGGACCGAGCGAUCAAGGCUAGCUCGUUCGCAUUGUUCAGUAAUGUUCAAUCUCUAGCAAGCAGUCAGCCAGGCGUUUUUGAAGGGUAUGGAAUUUCUCCUUCCGGUAUCGGUCGAGGUGGCGGUUCGAGCCCAGGUUUCCAAGGGCACAACCAGUGGGAUAUGGAAAUGUGGAUUUUCCCAGUUUUAUUGUUGAUAGAUCCGCGAGCUGCUCGUGAACUGUUGCAAUACAGAAGUGCUACCAUACGGAGAAGUCUUGAAGCCAACGCUGCCGAUCAGGGAUUCGAAGGUUGGAAGUAUCCCUGGUCUUCAGCUUACACCGGUAGUGAAGUUUCAUCUUCGGAAGAAGCAGUGACCUUGCAGCAUCAUAUUACAGCUGACGUUGCGUUCGCUGCUCGGCAGUAUUUGUUCGCCACGUCUGAUUUGGACUGGAUGGAGACGAAUGGUUGUGAAUUGGCCUAUCAGACCGCAAAGUUUUGGAAAAGUCGAGCGACCUAUAACGCCGAUCGAGAUAAGUUUGACAUUCGCUUUGUGAUUGGUCCAGAUGAGCUCAAUCGUAACGUGUACAAUGAUGUGUUCACAAAUGUUGUGGCGGCUCACAAUCUUUUCUUUGGAGAAUUUGCGGCUUGUAUGUGUAGGAGCUCAUUGAAGUUGGUGAAUGAGGACGAAAAGGAGUUUCUUAAAGUUGCAAAGAGCCUUCAACUACUCUACGAUGAAGGUACUGACUAUCAUCCACAGUUUGACAGAUACAUUGUCGGUGCGGAGAUCGGUCAGGCCGAUGCUGUGCUGCUCAUCUAUCCGCUCGCUUUUCCAAUGGACGAUUCGACGAAAAAAAGGAAUCUUGAGGUCUAUGAAAAAGCUACUGUUCAAAAUGGUCCGGCAAUGACUUGGCCGAUACACACGAUUGGUUGGCUGGAAUUGGGUGAAAAAGAGCGCGCAGCUACGCUUCUUGAGAAAAGUUAUCGUGAAUACUUACGUCCACCGUUUAGUGUGUGGAACAAGAUGCCUUUGGACUUCGCGGAAGGAUCGAACUUUGUCACCGGUGCAGGUGGAUUCCUCCAAUCUAUUUUAAAUGGCUAUGGAGGCAUACGUUUAUCAAAUGACUCGUUCGAAAUCAGAAAUCCAACUCUUCCUCCAGCAACCAGUCGUCUAUACAUUCCGGAAAUAAAUUAUUUGACGAGUCGGUUUUCGUUGGAAAUUUUGCCGGAUAAGUUUGCAGUUAUAUUUAAACCGGGAUCGGCUAAUACAGCACUUAAAUUGUUCGUUGAUGAUGACUCGGGACGGGAAAUGUGUGAUUCUUGCGGUGCGUACGCCACGAGGAGCAUUCGAUUACAGCAAAUACUACCGGAAGGUUCAGCAAACGAAUGUACGCUGAAGACGACCACUAUGAAUAUGAGACUAGAAGACCAGGACGACGGUGCUGCCAGCGUAAUGACGUCAGUACGAUUGAUAGUAGCUACGAUAGUUGUUGGUUAUACGAUUAGAAAAUGGAUGUAUGCUUUCUAA